GAGUGUCAGUUAGCUGCUCGGCGCGCACAGAGCGCUAUGUUGUCCCGCGCCGCUACGUGAUGCUGCUGGGACGCUGGUGUCCCUCUCAGGCGGUGUACCGGCGGCGGGCGAGAUGAGCAGGUGCCUGGCCUGCCUACAGCUCGCCAUGGUGGUGACCUUGAGCACUCACUGCGCCAGCUGCUCGCCCAUGCUGCCCCGCGGCCAAGGAGGCCGACUGCUCGCCUCGCUGCUCGGGUAUCCCUCGCAGUGCGUGCACAACGACGCGCUGCACAGCUGCACGUUCAGCCUCACGUGCUGGCUGGUGGGCGGCCAGCUGCACAAGGGCUGCGGGCAGGCGGGCGGGCCCCUGGACGCUGUGGCAGACCUGCUGUUCACGUGCUGCGUCCCGGGGCGUGCCAUCGCGCCCCUUCGGAGCGGCGUGCGGCGAGAGGACAUCGACCACCGCCACAACGAGAUACCUGCCACCUCUAGAGUCGAGUGCGGAGUGCCGCAGCUGGGCUUCCAGAAGAGGAUCAUCGGCGGGAACGAGGCGUUGUUCGGCGAGCUGCCGUGGCAGGCCCACAUCAGGAUCGCCGGCUACCAGUGCGGCGGCGUGCUCGUCAGCCGCUGGUUCGUGGCCACCGCGGCGCACUGCAUCCACAGAGCACGGCUGAAGGAUGUGACUGUGUACCUGGGCGAGUACGACACACAGAACACCGGACACUAUAUAGAGCCGCUGCCUGAAGAAGCGCACAAGGUGGUCCAGAAGAUCAUCCACCCCAGUUUCCAGUACCGCGUCACCCAGCCGGACAGGUUCGACUUGGCGCUGCUGCGACUGUCGCGCCCAGCGCCUUUCAGGGAGAACAUCCUGCCCAUCUGCUUACCACGGCCAGGAUCUGCCUUCCGGGGCAGCACGGGCGUGGUGGCUGGCUGGGGCAAGACAGACACCACCUACGGUAAGACCGGAACCAACAUCCUGCAGAAGGCCACUGUGCCAAUCCUCAGCGACGAGGAGUGUCUGCGCUGGCACGAGCGCAAGAACAUCGACCUGCAGCUCUUCCCGGAGAUGUUCUGUGCCGGCCACAGCGACGGCAGAAUGGACGCCUGCCUGGGGGACUCCGGCGGCCCGCUCAUCGUGCUCCAGAACAGUCGCUGGACCCUGGCCGGCAUCACCAGCGCCGGCUUCGGCUGUGCCAUCGACCACCAGCCGGGCAUCUACCACAAGGUCGCCGACACCUCGCGCUGGAUAGCCGCGCAGAUAGCAGUGCACUCGUCCUAGCGGCUGCAGCCUCUGCCUGUCCAGUUGCUUGACACAGCCUCUAAUUCUCUUCCUCCACGCCGCUGAACAACCCACCUCAUCCAGGCUGCCGAAGGAAUACUCUCUUCCUCCACGCCGCUGAACAACCCACCUCAUCCAGGCUGCCGAAGGAAUACUCUCUUCCUCUACGCCGCUGAACAACUCACCUCAUCCAGGCCACCGAAGGAAUACUCUCUUCCUCUACGCUGCUGAACAACUCACCUCAUCCAGGCUGCCGAAGGAAUACUCUCUUCCUCCACGCCGCUGAACAACCCACCUCAUCCAGGCCGCCGAAGGAAUACUCUCUUCCUCCACGCCGCUGAACAACUCACCUCAUCCAGGCUGCCGAAGGAAUACUCUCUUCCUCCACGCCGCUGAACAACCCACCUCAUCCAGGCCGCCGAAGGAAUACUCUCUUCCUCUACGCCGCUGAACAACUCACCUUAUCCAGGCUGCCGAAGGAAUACUCUCUUCCUCCACGCCGCUGAACAACCCACCUCAUCCAGGCCGCCGAAGGAAUACUCUCUUCCUCCACGCCGCUGAACAACUCACCUCAUCCAGGCUGCCGAAGGAAUACUCUCUUCCUCCACGCCGCUGAACAACCCACCUCAUCCAGGCCGCCGAAGGAAUACUCUCUUCCUCUACGCCGCUGAACAACUCACCUCAUCCAGGCUGCCGAAGGAAUACUCUCUUCCUCCACGCCGCUGAACAACUCACCUCAUCCAGCCCGCCGAAGGAAUACUCUCUUCCUCUACGCCGCUGAACAACUCACCUCAUCCAGGCUGCCGAAGGAAUACUCUCUUCCUCCACGCCGCUGAACAACUCACCUCAUCCAGUCCGCCGAAGGAAUACUCUCUUCCUCUACGCCGCUGAACAACUCACCUCAUCCAGGCUGCCGAAGGAAUACUCUCUUCCUCCACGCCGCUGAACAACUCACCUCAUCCAGGCCGCCGAAGGAAUACUCUCUUCCUCUACGCCGCUGAACAACUCACCUCAUCCAGGCUGCCGAAGGAAUACUCUCUUCCUCCACGCCGCUGAACAACUCACCUCAUCCAGGCUGCCGAAGGAAUACUCUCUUCCUCCACGCCGCUGAACAACUCACCUCAUCCAGGCCGCCGAAGGAAUACUCUCUUCCUCUACGCCGCUGAACAACUCACCUCAUCCAGGCUGCCGAAGGAAUACUCUCUUCCUCCACGCCGCUGAACAACUCACCUCAUCCAGGCUGCCGAAGGAAUACUCUCUUCCUCCACGCCGCUGAACAACUCACCUCAUCCAGGCCGCCGAAGGAAUACUCUCUUCCUCUACGCCGCUGAACAACUCACCUCAUCCAGGCUGCCGAAGGAAUACUCUCUUCCUCCACGCCGCUGAACAACUCACCUCAUCCAGGCUGCCGAAGGAAUACUCUCUUCCUCUACGCCGCUGAACAACUCACCUCAUCCAGGCUGCCGAAGGAAUACUCUCUGCCUCCACGCCGCUGAACAACUCACCUCAUCCAGCCCGCCGAAGGAAUACUCUCUUCCUCUACGCCGCUGAACAACUCACCUCAUCCAG